AGAAAGAGAAAUUAGGAGGAGGGCAAAGAGGCUUCAGAGUUGCAAAAAGUCGUGAUGGCUGGGCAUGAUAACUCGAACGGGUCUACUGAAAAGUCGAGCAGCGGUAUGGAUGAUUUGCCCACUUUCAAUCCUGAGAAUAUGCAAAACAACAUGAAAAUUAUUCUUUACAGCCGCACAUUCAUGGCAAUCAUUGGUGGUGUCAUUGCCGGCAUUCUGGGACUUACUAGCUUGACAGGAUUUAUCUUUUAUUUCCUUGUCAUGGCAAUGACUUCAGUAGCACUCACGGCGAAGGCCAAGUUUUCAAUCCACUCCUACUUUGACAGCUGGAACAGAAUCUUGCUUGAUGGAUUUUUCGGCGGGCUUAUGUCAUUUGUGCUCUUCUGGACAUUUGCGUAUGACAUUGUGCAUAUAUUCUGAGGAUCCUGUGUGAGAUGAAGACCUUCUCUCUCCUUGAUGGUGGAAGCUAGCUUACGUGGCACAUCAAGAAGAUGCUAGACAUUUUCAAGUUCAAAGUAGUGGUAUUCAAAGUUUGCACUCAUGAUGUUUCCUUUCUUUUAAGUUGCCCGAGAUUAUUACUGCAGAACAAACCACUGGUUCAAACUUUUGAGUUGUGAGUAGUUGAACAUUUUGAUCUUGACUAAAGUUUUUGUUAGGUGACUUAUAUUUGGAGUUCAAAAGCUUGAGUAUUUGUAUAAGCAGUUAGACAUUUCAAAUCACUGUUGAAUGAUAUAGAUGAGCUGGUUAUCUUCGCCUAA